CCUCCUCCUCCUCCUCUCUGUGGAGAAUUGCGUUAAAACGAAAAAGGAUAGGCCUGCGCUUUAUCCAUUUAAGAGAACCCAUUUGAUGAUUUUGAUUUAUUUCGCCCCACUUGUAUACAAAACGAGGACGCGUUGCUGGCUGGUGUAUGUGUUUAGAAUGGGACACGCUGAAGGUCCAGUCAAAGAAAAAGAAAGUUAAGGAUGCCGGAGCCCAACAAUGGAUUUCUCCUUCUCUUUCAUGCAAGGGAUCAUGGGAAAUACAAUUCAGCAACCCCCUCAGCUUAUUGACUCAGCCAACAUCAGACAGGACGGCACCUGCGACACCGGCAGUGACCCGGGCGAGGAUGGCGCUCCCUCCUACGAUGCCAGCCUGGAUGCCGAUUUCUACCCGCCCUCAGCGUCCGAGGACCUGCCGCACGUCUCCAACGGCUACCCGCCGGGUCUGGGCAUGUACGAACCGCAGUCCAAAUUCUCCAUGUACUCGCAGUUCCCCAACGGUUCGGCCAACGGCUACGGUCCCAUACGCAGCUACGCCGAGCACGGGCUCCUCCUGCCGGGGGAGAGCACGGUGCUAAGGGGUCCCGGUCUGCAGGAAAGGCCCCGCUCGCCUGUUUCGCCCCCGCUGCCCACGCAUCACCCGCACUUGCACCACCCCCACCAUCAUCACCAUCACCUCCCCCACGCGCACCACUUCCUGUCAAACACGCCGCACAUCCAAAGUCACCCGCAGAGCCCGCUGCCCCUGCCCACCCAGCACCACCUUCCCCACACGCCUCACAUCAUGACCCACACGCUGCCGCCGCUGCUGCCGCCGGCGCCGCCGCCGCCGCCUCCUCCUCCAGCACCCUUGCACUUGCCCUCCUCCAGCCCUCCCCCCUCCCUGGUGGACAGUACCCCUUCCUCACAGCCUGCCCAGCCUCCUCGCAGCGCUACCACGGGAGUGCUGAAGACCAGUUCCCCUGAGAUCAAGCUGAAGAUCAUCAAGACGUAUCAGAACGGCAAAGAAUUGUUUGAAACGGCACUGUGUGGAGAUUUGCUGCAAGAACUGCAGAAGGAAUCUCAGAAGAACGAGGCGGCUCAGGUGCAGCGGCGAAAUGAGAGGAAGAAGGAGAAGAGGAAAAAGAAUGCAAAGUUGCAGCCGCACAUCCAGGAGCAGACUUUGGAGCCUGUCCAAGGCCAGGCAGGUGCCACGGGCCAGACGGAGGACACCCACGUUCAGCCGCAGCCGAGAGAGCCUCCGCUGGAGCAGACGGAGAAGCUUCACAAGACCGUUAUCCAAACGGAACCAAAGGUUCCAAAAGUCAAUCAACCCUCAGUAAUCCAAGAGACAGGCUUCUGCAAAGAGUUUGUCAUUGGAGAUCUAGUGUGGUCCAAGGUGGGCACCUACCCGUGGUGGCCGUGCAUGGUUUCGUCCGACCCGCAAAUGAAGGUCCACACGCGCAUCAACACCAGAGGCCACAGGGAGUACCACGUCCAGUUUUUUGGCAGCGUCGCUGAGCGCGCGUGGAUCCACGAGAAGAGGAUCGUUAUCUACCAGGGCAAACAGCAGUUUGAGGAGCUCCAGGCGGACACGCUGCGGAAGACCACAAACACUGUGGAGAAACACAAACUGCUGAAGCCCAUCCCUCAGAGAGAGCGCGCUCAGUGGGAGGUCGGCGUGGGCCACGCAGAGGACGCCUUCCUGAUGACGCGUCAGGAGCGCAUCGACAACUACACUUUCAUUUACGUCGACCCGGUCCCUAACGAGAACCCGGUCGCCAAGAAACCCGUGGGCCGGCCAGAGAAGCGGAACCGGCGCUCCAGCGGCUCGGCCAAUAAGAAAGACGAGGGGGGGCUGAAGUCGCCCGACGGAGAUCAGCCGCCGAGGAGACAGCUGCCGCGUCGGCAGUGUAGUAUUCCCAACGCGGAGGACGCCAAUGGCGAGAAGAAAAACUCCAGUCGUCAGUCCGACUCCCCAAAAGAGGACGCCGCUUCUGAUUCGGGAGCCAAGCCGGAUUCUCCGGCACCGGUCAGGGCCUGGAAAACUGCGGCGGCGAGAAAGCUUCUGCCGCUCUCCAUCACCAUGAAGAGGCUGAAUGUGGAGAUCACAAAGUGUGACUGGCCUCUCCUGCAAAAGCAAAAAAUGGCUCCCUCACCUCAAAAAGAAGAAGAAGAAGAGGAGGAGGAGGAGGAGGAGGAGAAGCAGCAGGAGCAGGAGGAGGAGGAGGAGGAGGAAGAGGAGGAAGAGGAAGAAGAGGAGGAGGAGGACGAGGUGGAGGAGGGCAGAGUGGAGGGAGAAGGCAGGCAGCCUGACCUCGGCUACUGUUCACCUGAGGAAAACAGAGCCAAACCCGAGGCCAGUCCCGAAGAGGACGAAGAUGUGGACGAUAUGGAGGAAGAAGGGGAGGAGAGAAGAGAAUCUCCCGCCAGUCGGAGGAGCGAAGAAGGUGGAACGCAGCCCGCUUCCUCUCCUGGCUCUCAGCACAGCAGUCCACACGGUUCUCAAGAGAGGAAGCUGCAGCGGCGCUCGGUCAGGAGCAGGUCGGAGUCGGAGAGAGGCAACGACCCCGUCCCCAAAAAGAAAACCAAAAAGGAACAGGCCGAAAUGGCGCCGGAGGCCGCACCAAGGGCGGGAUCCCAGAAAGGAGCCAGUGAGAUAUCGGACGCCUGCAAACCGCUGAAGAAGCGCAGUCGAGCAUCCACCGACGUGGAGAUGGCGUCCUCUCAGUAUCGAGACACGUCGGAUUCCGACUCCAGAGGCCUCAAUGAUCCGCAGGGUUUAUUCGGGAAGAGUCUGGAUAGUCCGGCGGCUGCAGAUGCGGAUGCCUCAGACACUCAAUCCGUGGACUCUGGCCUGUCCCGUCAGGACGGUAGCACCGGGAAGAGGGACACCGUCUGCCAGAUAUGCGAGGUGUACGCCGAGAAUUUGGUGGCGUGCGAAGGAGACUGCAACAGGCAGUUCCACCUCGAGUGUCUCGGUCUACCGUCCCUACCUGAAGGAAAGUUUGCGUGCCUGGAAUGUCGAGAGGGCACUCACCCGUGCUUCAGCUGUAAGGAAGCCAGCCAGGAGGUGACGCGUUGUUCCGUGACCGGAUGCGGAUGUUACUACCAUGAGGAUUGCGUCCGAAAACUCCCGGGCGUUACCAGCAGCCCGGGCGGAGGCUUCAGUUGCCCUCAGCACAGCUGCGCCACCUGCUGUCUGGAGCGAGACCUGCAGCGAGCUAGCAAAGGUCGCCUGAUGCGUUGCAUCCGCUGCCCGGUGGCGUAUCACACAGGCGACAGCUGCGUGGCGGCGGGCAGCGCCAUCCUCACACACCACAUCAUGAUCUGCAGCAGCCACGGCAGCACCAAGCGCAACGGCCUCCAAACGUCCCCCGUCAACGUGGGCUGGUGCUUCCUGUGCGCCAGAGGGCUGUUAGUGCAAGACCUUACUGACACCAUAUUAAGUUCAUAUGCCUAUAAGUGCCACUACCUUCUGACCGAGUCAAAUCGUGCUGAGUUGAAAUUACCUAUGAUUCCCUCUCCUUCGUCAGCUACCAAAAAGAAUGUUGGCAAAGGAGGCAAGUUGCUGUGCUGCGACUCGUGCCCCGCUUCCUUCCACCCCGAGUGUUUGGAGAUGGAGAUGCCCGAGGGGCCUUGGUCCUGCAGUGAUUGUAGGGCUGGCAAGAAACCUCACUACAAACAAAUUGUCUGGGUCAAACUGGGAAACUACAGGUGGUGGCCGGCGGAGAUCUGCAACCCUCGUUUGGUGCCGUCCAACAUCCAGAGCCUUCGUCACGACGUGGGCGACUUCCCGGUCUUUUUCUUCGGUUCGCACGACUACUACUGGAUCAAUCAAGGCCGCGUCUUCCCUUACGUGGAGAACGACAAAAACUUUGUCAGCGGUCAGAUCAACAUCAACAAGACUUUCAAGAAAGCUCUGGAUGAAGCGGCCCGGAGGUUCCAGGAGCUCAAGGCCCAGAGGGAGAGCAGGCAGGCUUUGGAGCAGGAGCGCAACUCUCGCAAACCGCCACCCUACAAAUUCAUCAAGUCCAACAAAGCCGUGGGCAAAGUGCAAAUGCACGUGGCCGCCGACUUGUCGGAAAUCCCUCGCUGCAACUGCCGGCCUGCCGACGAGCACCCGUGCGGCCUGGACUCUCAGUGUCUCAACCGCGUGCUCCAGUACGAGUGUCACCCUCAGGUAUGUCCCGCGGGAGACAAUUGCGAGAACCAGGCUUUCUCCAAGCGCCUGUACGCCGAGACGGAGGUGAUAAAGACGGAGGGCCGAGGAUGGGGCCUCCGAACGAACCAGGCUCUGAGAAAGGGUGACUUUGUGAUCGAGUACGUCGGAGAAGUCAUCGACUCGGACGAGUGCCAGCAGCGGAUCAAACGCGCCCAUGAAAACCACGUCGCCGACUUCUACAUGCUAACCCUGACUAAGGAUCGCGUGAUCGACGCCGGUCCGAAAGGGAACUCUUCGCGCUUCAUUAACCACAGCUGCAGCCCCAACUGCGAAACCCAAAAGUGGACGGUCGACGGCGACGUCCGCAUCGGACUCUUUGCUCUCUGCGAUAUCGAAGCUGGCGCGGAGAUGACCUUCAAUUAUAACCUGCACUGCGUGGGCAACAGGAGAACAUCUUGCCGCUGCGGGUCGGACAACUGCUCAGGUUUCCUCGGGGUGCAGCCGACUAGUGCUGUGGUGCAGGAGAAAGAGGAGAAGGCCAGGAAUGCCAAGCUGCGGCAGAAAAAGCGCAAGCUGCGCCUGGAGGGCAAACACGCGCACGACUACUUCUGCUUUAACUGCGGAGAGGGAGGAGAGCUGGUGAUGUGCGACAGGAAGGAGUGUCCCAAAGCGUACCACCUGCUGUGUCUCAACCUCAGCAAGCCGCCAUAUGGUCGUUGGGAGUGUCCCUGGCACGACUGCAGCAUCUGCGGCGCGCCGGCCUCGUCGCUGUGUGACUUCUGCCCUCGUUCCUUCUGCCCGGAUCACGAGGAGGGGGCGCUUAGCGCUUCCUCGCUGGAGGGCCGGCCCUGUUGUUCCGGCCACAACCCGCUCAGCCCCUUGGGCUCUAGCCCCGGUUCUGCUAAGCCGCCGUCUUCUUCUCUGAGCCCCGUCACGGUCAAAGAGGAACCGCAAGGAGACGAUGUGGCGCCCUCGUUACCUCCUUCGCUGUAAAGCGCACUCCUGGCUGGCGUUCCGCCCACCUGCGCUCGCUAAAAGGAAUAUAUUCCCAUUUUUGUUGUUGGUGUCGUUUUUUUUCCUCCCUGGCUGGCGCCGAGACACGUCAAAGAACUGAUGUGGCAAGCGCUGUGAGAUUGGAAGAGGCGAGGACAUGCGGCGUUCUCCGGCUAUAAAACACCCACCGCUAGCGCAACUCGGCUCCAAGAGCAACACCUCGUUUUGGAAUCAUCCCGAGUGUAGCUGUCUCUUUGAAGGAAGUGAAGCGAGGUGGAGGUUGGGGACGCCGCCCCGUGCCGCCACGCCAUGCCACGCCACGCCACGCCGUUCCUCCUCCUGUUGACCUGCUGUACGCCACGGCGGUGGCUGGCGUCUCACUCUCUCACACACACACACACACACACACUUGGGCCGGCUCACGUGACACGCCCUCCCCUUCCUCUUUGACAAACUGGAGGGGCGACACUUUGUGCAAUUGUUUUUUUCGGCCCACACUACAUUCCAACAUUCCUUUAACCAUGUUUUUGAUAUACUUCUGGUGAUAGAUGAAUAUAAUUGUAUACAUAUCUAUGUUUGUUCAUGUUUACAGGCGGAUUUUUCUCACUUCAUCUCAGUGAGUAUCGGUGUAUUUCUUUGUUUUUAGGUGUUGCGCAGAGCUCCUUGUGAAAAUCGUCCUAUUAAGGUGAAAUACUGUAUCAUGAUCUAUAGCGUACUGGUAUAACAUGACACUUGUGACUUUUUCUUUGCUCAUUCACCUGUACAUAAUUGGCUCAUGAUAUUGUAAAGUACUUAGCAACGGGGAGGCACCGCCCAGUCUCCACACUUGAUUGAGGGGGGCCGGGCCGGGCCGGGUCGGGCCGGGCCGGGCCGAGCCAGUGAGCACUGCUAUCCGAGUAGCGUUAAUCAGCCUUAAGGGAUGACUUUAGGAACUACUGCCCAGAUUCGUUCCAGUAACCUUUGUGUACUGUGACCGUUUUAUUUCUGAUGUUUUUUGCCAAAACUUCUCUGAAAAGCACUUUCACACGCCUCGUCGUUAGACUUUUUCGUUAGCUCACCUCCGUAUAUACAGAAAUGUAUACUAAAGGAACAUAAGUGUUUUGAAAAUGGAUACCUCUUCUUCUGGCAGUGACAUAAGAAUUUCAAAUGUGUUGUGACCAAAAAGGAAAAGGAGACGGCAAAAUUUGAAUGACCGCCAGCCUCGCGUUGAAAAAAUCAUGAACGGCUAUCAUGAUACACAGUCCAGUAAGUAUAGUGUACAAAAUACAACCUGUACAGUGUUUUUAAAUUGCUCAUCUGUCGAAUCUUUUGUAUUUAUUGCACCACAUUUUCUACCAAUUGCUUUGUCAAACACCAGUGCAGUACUCCCUGUUACCACCGUGUGACAUUUGAAAAGAGGAAGAAAACAAAAAAAAAGAAGGGGUAUUAUUCUACUUGUAAUUAGUGCAUACCUUUUGUUGUUUCUGCAUAGGUGUAAUGAUUCCACAUUAGCCGCUGCUCAUGUGUGGUGACUGUAUGUGCUGUUUAAAGCAGUUCAGUAUUGCAAUGUUUGUCAUGCUGGGGUACUUUGUUUUAACUUGCCAAGGUGAUUGCUCGAGCAACGUUUUGUGUCAAAAAGAGUGGGGGGUGCCAAUUGACAGCGGACAAAUUCUGGCUUAAGUUAAACGGGCCGUGUCUCCUUCAUGUUGUUUUUGCACUUCUAAAAACAUUUUCAUUUUUACGGCCAUUUACCCCUCAGUGGUGUACAGUGCCAUGACAAAGUAUUUGCCAUCAUCAUACAAGCGGGAUGGAUGGUAUGGGGUUGGCUUAUUGUUGAGUCCCAAACACUGACCAUAGCUGAGGCGCCCCCACGUCGCCCCAGGUCGCCCCAGGUCGCCCCAGGUCUUUGCUGUGCUGUCGGCUUGUUUUUCUCAGCUGUUUUCUUCACUCUUUGUUGCGCUGCAGUUGGUUGUCUGGGGUCCUCCUGCUUUGGGAACGGCUUUGUAAGCCAGUCUGACUUAGCUGUUGUUGAAUUUCUUUGGAUGGCAGCUUUUUGUGACCUUAUGGCCGACUUCAUUUUCUCAGACGCGUAUCUCGCUCUGAUGUUUGCAUUUGUUUGAUGAUACUUCAUGUGGGGAAACUAUGGGGGGAGAGAAUUUGAGGAGAGGCCAACAUUUUCUCGGCACAGUACACAACUUUUGUCCCCCGAUACCUUCCUCUCAACGUGCUCGUCGAGGUUCAUUUAACAGCCAAGCGUGUCACCCACCACCCAAACUUGAAUGUUAUUAUUUAUUCUUGCGGUCUAUUAAGUGUGGACAACAGGCUUUUUUUUGGUCGUAGUUGAAUCAUGAUAGCAUGACUGGUCUCUGUUUUUUUCUCUGUUAAGCUGAACGGCACGUUUGAGUGUUAAAAUGCCUCAUGCCAGCAUUAUUGUGUUCCUUUAUUCUAUUUUUCGAGAAUAAAACCAGCGGCCUUUUUGUUUUUGCACUUGUGAUUGCAUGACAUGGUUAAGUGCCAUUUUCCAGUGGCAGCAUUACAACGCAAUCGUUUGUAUGUUGCAUCAUUUGAUUUGCUUCAAAAAACAACAACUCACGUUUUGUGCCAUUCAUUUGUGGAAAAUCCCCCCCCCCCCCCCCCCCGCAGCAGCAUGUUUGUUUGUUCCUUUGUUGGUGACCCGGAAAGCUUCAGAGUGACCUCAAAGCAUCAUGGAAUUCAUUUCUUUUACCACCCUUUGCGCUUCAAAGUUUCUGCUCCUCUUUUUUUCGGUGCAAUUUUGCCGACUGUUGUUGAGUUUUCGGUUGGCUCAGUCCGAGAAGAAUUGGUGUUGUGCUGAAUAAAAACUCACUUGCAAAAAGCACUCCAAUAACUGGGGUCAUAUCUAUCUCUCUUGGCAUUGCUCCAGUGCAAAACGUGGAUGAACACAAACGUUGAUUACUGUUGAACCUGUGUUACUGCAUAUUGUUGGCAAAGCUGUAAAUAGUCGUGCAUUGUAUUUGCAUAGGAUCAUGUUACUGUGGCGUGCUAUUUUGGUUGGAUUUUUCGCCUUGUACAAUUCCGCUUCUAAAUGUGCGUGACUGUUGGGAAGACACUCUUUUUGUACACGACUGUCUUUUUUUUUUUUGCAAAUAUGACCUCUGUCCUUUAUUUCAUUGAAAAGUUGAGUUGGGAGAGUUCAGACAUGCCUGAAGUUUGACUUUAAUAAAGCUGUACUCUGUCUCAGUGAA